GCCCCCAUGCGCAGGGCGCGGGGCGCCGGCCCGCUGGGCGGCUGCGGCCGGGAGCUGCUCGUCCUGGGGAAGGGACUGUCCAGAGGUUCCCCAAAUCGGUGUCUCUCUGGAAAAAGUGGAGUGUCUCUUCCAUCAGUUUUUGCGAGAAAUGUUCAAGAAGCCAUUGACAUUUAUACCUGUGAGACACUUUCAUCACUUUCACCUAGUGGUUGCACAACACCCACGGAGCUGAAUAAUUCUUGGUCUGGAAUAAACAGCUAUACUACUAGUUUGUCUACUGAAAGAAGUUCGAUUUACUCCUGGAGGGAUGAUGAAUUUGAUAAAGCCAACACACAGAGAGUGCAUCAGUUAUUUUGGGAGAUUGAUGAAAUGCUGUUUGAAGGAAAAGUUACCUCCCAAACAGAGAACCUGCAGGCAGAAUGUGCAGAUUGGGUUGAACAAUUUCCUCAUAUAAGGGUUCUAGGAAAGCAGCUCCUGGUGCCAAAGGAUGAAGGCUUUCAGCAUUUUCAGAGCAGAAAUAAUGCCCAUGUAGAUACUAAGUGUGUGCCUGGCCUCCUUGAAUGUACUGGUCAUACAAAAGAGCUGUGCAUCUCAGGCUCUAAACUGAUCCCAACAACUUCUCCAAUACAUACAUCACUGCAUUCAAGUUCCACUGGGAUUUCUGCUUCAGACUCGGCCAUGUAUUCCUUCCUGGAAGAGGAAAUUUACGAUGAGGAUGGAAAAAUAGAGGAAUAUCUUGCCUUUGACAACAAGGAGCUUGAGGAUGAGAUUUGGGAACAAAAGAAAAUGCAUCUUUCUGAGAAGAGGUGUAAGCGUGGCAUUCCCCCUGUUUCUCCCAAUGCCUGUAUCAAAGAUGCUGUGGCUUCUGAAGUGUUUGAUCAUAUCUGGAGCAAUGUCAUUGGAAUAUUGGAGGAACUGAUUAAAAAAAAUUGGGAAACUAGUAUCCCAGCGUGUGACCAACAAAUAGAAAAACUGAAAACUGUUACAGCAAAACUGCCGCAUUUGCCAGUCAUUCAUAUUACAGCAGAUGCUGGGACCAUUCCUCUUUCCAGAGUCUCUGAAGCACAAAGUGUAUCUUUUGGGGCUCCUUCGGUUCCAUCACAGGUUUACCGUUUCUCCAGCAACUUCUGUAGCGAUCUGAGUGGUGUGAUGACAAUUCAAGCAAAACCACUCCAACAGAGGCAUGCUGCCAUGGCAGAAAAAAAACAGAAUGAGCAAGAAGACAAACAGCGUACCAGUGCUUCCAGCACUCCAAAUUCAGCACAUGCUAGGUUGGGGAGAAUUUCUGAUAACAGUGUUCUCUCACCAUCUCCAGCUCUGCUGGCAUCUUCUAGGAAAGUACCAAGGUUACCUUCUCUCACCUCUGACCAACCCUGCUCAGAAGUUCCUAAUAUGAACAAUGAUGAAAUCCGUAAAGGGACAAAAUUCAGUUUAUCUUCGGCUCGUGGGCCUGCAACCCGGAACAAGUUACCACCAAUAAACUCCGAGGCUGUUGAGCAACGUGUUUCAGUACCUCGAAUGCAGCAGAGCCCUCAUCAAGAACGAUAUACUCACAGCAGAGUAUCAAGUGCAUUAGCUGGCAGGGCAGAGCAACAGCCACUCAGAGAAAGAACUGUUACUGUUGAUCAAUUUUCAAGACCCAACACAACUCAUACGUUCAGGAGAGAAACACCUCAGAAGAAGUCACUGACUCCCGUGGAUUUUGGUAACCACAGAAGGACAGGUCAAGGGUUUUUGAUAACAGGUUCACAGAAUUACUCCAGAUCCUUUCAAAGAAACCCUCCAGCCUCAAAGAAGAGAUUUCAGAUUGCUUCUUAACCUGUUUCAGGGAGAAACAGAAACUGCACUGAUUGAAAGACUGAAGCACUAAAUUUGCCACUUAGUAUCUUGUAUAACAAAGAAGGUGUGCAUAUGCUGGUGUCUGCUGAGCCUUGCCAUCCUCAGGAUGCCUGCAUUACCUUCUUUUUAAAUUAUUGGACCAGAGCUUAGAUUAAAAAUUAUAGCAAAAGGAAAUAAAUGGUUGAGGUGUCUGCUCUGUUUGUAGUA